AUGAGUUUUCUUUUCUUGGUUUGGACAGAAAGAUGGAAGCGAAGGUGGAUUUUCAAGAAGCCUACGUAUCAGGAAACAGUGAUUCAACACGAUGAAGCAAGUACCAUAACUACACUACCAGAAGCUGAGCAAAGAUCAUAUGCCAUUGCCACAACAGCUGCUGCUCAGGCAGCCGUGGCGACAGCAGAAGCUGCUGUGGAAGUUGUUCGGCUCACCAGGCCGCGUAUUUUAUUUAGAGAACACUUUGUUGCCAUUGUUAUACAGACAGCUUUCAGAGGAUAUCUGGCAAGGAGAGCUCUUGGAGCACUCAGGGGGCUGAUGAAGCUGCAAGCUUUAGUGAGAGGCCACAAUGUUCGAAAGCGAGCAAAAGUUACUCUCAGAUGCAUGGAGGCCAUGCUUCGAGUGCAAGCACAGGUUCGUGAUCAACGUAAGAAUAUUUCUGCGCACACAAACUCCAUUUGCAGUGAUCACAGCACCAGGCAUCUUGAAGAGAGCAACAAUGACGAUGAUGGAUCCAUUGGGACGAGCACCCGAAAAUACUCAAGGAGAUUCAAGCCAUUUUGUAGAAAACAAAGCUAGCUACCAAGAAGCAAUGGGAGAGUAGAGGAAGGAUGUUAUCUGAUCACAUAGAUCCUAUAAAAACUGUUGAAAUCGACACCUUUAGGCCAUACUCGCUCAACCACCACUGGCUCAAUCCCACCGUCCCCGGCGAAGGCAAAGCCUCUCCAAAUUUACUCAGCAGCUAGCCCUCGAUGCGUCAAAGAAGACAAGAUCCACCGGUUACCAGCUCAUACACACAAUCAUAGAAUGAGCAGCAAUGCUGCUGCAGUGCCUAACUACAUGGCGGCCACAGCAUCUAAUAUGGCUCGGUUUCGGUCACAAAGUGCAGCAAAUCAUAGGCCACCGUCAACCCCCGAAAGGGAGAAAGUGGGAUCAGCCAAAAAGUGUUCGUCAUUCCCAGUCGGUGGUGUCGAUGA